UGGGCUCCAAAAAUCACUUUUCAGAACCGUGCUAUCACGGAUUCUGACUCAGUGGUCGCAGAGAAAGACCACCUGAUGGCAUUCAACCUGGCUAAAGGUGUUUGCCUUCCAGCCGACAUGAGGCACCACAACCACCUGACCGAGCUAAAGGCCCUUCGCUCGUCCACAAAAUCCAUGGUGCUGGCUAUACAGAAAAAUCACAUUGCACACAGGCGAGUGUUGGAACUUAAGAAAAGAAUAAGGCAGGCCAUGGCAGAAGCGGAUGCCAAAUCGGCCGAGCUGAAAGAAUGUCAACAGAAGACGGCCUAGCUAGAGGCCGAGGUGACCCGUCUAACCGGACUAGUUAUCUCGGCUAAUACUGAUAAACAAAAGGCUCUGGCCGUGAUGAAAGAAAAAUACCUGCGUGAGCUAGCCAAGCUUGAAGGAAAAAAGAAAGUCGAAAUAAUGGAGCUUGAGAAGAAGCUGGAGGCUGCAGAGGACUGGGGCUUUAAAGAGGGUGAAGCCCUAUACAUCAAGCAGUGUGAAGCUGCAAAGGAUCUCUUCUUUAAAUGCGGGUGGAGGGGUGUUGUGGUGCAACUCGGUCAUGGGCCUGAGACCGAGGUCUUCAAUCCUCCUCAAUACUUCAUACCGAGCUCACUAGCGGAGUAUGCUGCUACCACUCAACAACGGUUUCUUGAAGAUUUAGAUGAUGAAGAAACCGUGCCCAAUGAUACCUCGGUUGUCAAUGAUCUCGCCUGUCAGUCGGCUCGGUCGGAGCCAACGGUGGAAGACCUGACUGUCGAACUACCAACUGAAACCGUGCUUCCAAUCGAGACCAUACUCCCGACCGAAACCGAGCUUCCAACUGAAAUCGGGCUGCGAGUUGAACUUGAUGCGGAUCUUGAUGAUCUGUUUGCCUGACUUUCAUUUCUCUUCUUUUUGCUUGAUUUCUGUAUUUUCUUUUCUUUGCUUUUGGACACAGAUUGUAACCAGGCUGAGGCCCCAUCCUUUGUACUUGCUUUGAAUUUUUAAUGAAGUCUGCUUUUUUGUUCCAACUCUUAUUUCGGUUGAUCUCUAUGCUUAUACUUUACUUUCUAGCUGAAGUCUUGGAUGCGGUACAACAUUCUCUUGCCGAGAUACUUUAUCCCGGUGAUAAUCGUUGCAACUAGAAGUAUACCUGCCAACCACUCCUUAGCCGAGAUACUUACCUCGGUUAAAGAGUACCAAGAGUUGGU